AUGUCCUCCCUCAACUCUGGUGCUUCGGCCACCCCGGCCGCGGCUCGUGAUUAUGACCCUGAAAUCAACGAUAUGGCUAGCUACAUUCAUAAUUACAAAAUCAAUUCAGAUCUUGCGUUUGAUACUGCCCGCUUUGUCUUUCUUGACACCCUAGGAUGUGGGUUGGAGGCUUUGAAAUUCAAGGAGUGCACGAAACUCCUGGGCCCCAUUGUUGAAGGCACCAUUGUCCCCAAUGGCACCAAGGUGCCUGGAACUCCAUAUCAGCUCGACCCUGUCAAUGGUGCUUUCAACAUCGGUGCUAUGGUCCGCUGGUUGGACUACAAUGAUUGCUGGUUGGCUGCUGAGUGGGGCCAUCCUUCUGACAACUUGGGCGGCAUCCUAGCUGUGGCUGACUGGAUCUCACGUACUAACCGCGCUGGAGGGUCCCUGGGCAAUGGCAAGAUUCCCACUGUCCGUGAUGUGCUUGAAGCGAUGAUAAAGGCCCAUGAAAUCCAGGGUGUUCUUGCUCUCGAGAACUCGUACAACAAGGUUGGCCUGGAUCACGUGGUUUUGGUCAAGGUUGCUACCACUGCAGUGGUCUCCAAGCUGCUUGGUCUGAAUGAGAAGCAGACUGCCGAUGCCAUCACCCAGGCCUGGGUUGAUGGCCAGAGCUUGCGAACUUACAGACACUCCCCCAACACCAUGUCGAGAAAGUCGUGGGCUGCUGGUGAUGCAUGCCAGCGCGCGGUCAACCUCGCCCUUAAGGUCCAGAAGGGAGAACCUGGCGUACCCACCGUUCUCUCUGCUCCAGUCUGGGGCUUUUACGAUGUCCUGUUCAAGGGCAACAAGUUCAAGUUCCAGCGCCCUUAUGGCAGCUACGUGAUGGAGAAUGUGCUCUUCAAGGUCUCCUAUCCUGCUUCCGUUAACGUGCUAUAUUCAGCUGAAUUCCACUCGCAAACCGCCAUUGAGGCUGCCACCCACGUCAACAAGAAGUUGGCUAGCAUGGGUAAAUCCGCCAAAGACAUCAAGGAUGUCACCAUCCGCACUCACGAGGCCUGCGUCCGUAUCAUCGACAAACAAUUCAAGCCCAUGGACAACUUCGCUGAUCGCGACCACUGCAUCCAGUACAUGGUUGCUACCAUGCUCACCUUCAACCGUCUCCUUGCAACUGAUUACACCGACGGCUCCGAAGCAGCUACCUCUGAGCUCCUUGAGUCUCUCCGCAAGCGCAUCAAGUGCGUUGAGGACCCCCAGAUGACCAAGGACUACCACGACCCAAGCCUCCGUACAAUUCCCAACGCACUAACCGUCACCCUCAACGACGGUACCGUUCUUGAUGAGGUCGUCGUCGAUGCCCCUCUCGGCCACCGCCUGCGCCGCGAGGAGGCGAAGCCUGAAAUCCUCGCCAAGUACAAGAGACACCUUGAAGGACACUAUGACGCUGCCAAGGUUGAGCAACUCAUUAAGCUUGGUCUUGAUCAGAAAGGGCUUGAGUCUAUGGAUGUUGAUAAAUAUGUUGAUUUGUAUGUUAAGGAGAAGGUCGAUUUCUAA